GAUACAUUCACUCUAGAAGCUUCUCUUGCUCGAGUCCUGAGAGCUGCUGCCAGCCACAAAGAGCUUUGUGACCUGAGGGCCAGCUCAGUCCGUCUCCUCCUCACUUCUUCACUCUCUCGGUGGGAUCCCGGUGACUCUUCCCAUCAUGGACCUCAGAAGCACUCCACGUGGCCUGCUGGAAAGAGAAGCCCGGCGAAGGAGGAUUAUUUUGAGCCAGAGUCAAAAGGAUACCCUUUGUGCGUGGUUUGAAAAGAAUCCGUACCCUGACAUAGCUACUAGAGGACAGCUGGCCAAAGAAAUUGGCAUUUCAGAGUCUCAAAUUCUGACUUGGUUUCAAAAGCACAGAAAAAAUCAGAAGCGACUAGAGUGGGAAGGUUCCUUGGAAGAAUGUCAAAGCCAAGGACAGGAAAAGCCUCACUUUAAAGCUAAAGCUAAAGAACUUGGAAGACCCCGAACACACUUCACAAAGUUCCAAACUGAUAUCCUGGUAGAAGCGUUUGAAAAGAAUCGCUUCCCCGGGAUCGCCACCAGGGAAGAACUGGCUAAGCGAACGGGCCUCCCAGAAUCCAGAAUUCACAUAUGGUUCCAAAACCGGAGAUCUCGGCACCCAGGUAAGAACAAAGAUAGACCUGUAAACUCCUUGGCAGAAGGCCCCCAUUCAGCUGCUCAGCAGUUGCCUCAAAGCAGCCAGUGCCCUGCCUCUACCAGCUCAGCUCUCCCUUCUCCUUGCGAAGCCGUCACCAGCAACUCCGUGAGUGCACGGGCUCUCUCUCCACCCAACACAUCCCCUGGUCCUUUGGAUCUCUCUAGAGGCUGUGAGAGGCAGCAACCAAAAGUCACAAUGACAGAGUCUUCCCAGGCUGUACAGAGAACAGAUAACCCAACGCUUGCUGGUCACCUGCCCACAGGAGUGACUCCAGGAGAGGUGGGCUUCCAUAAACAGGCUCCUUGCUUGCUCCUACCUCCCGGAGACCCCAGUGAAAACACAAGUAGCCUGCCUUUGCUGCCUUUCAAAGACUCGCCUCGGGCUCUGCCUCCUAGUGAGCAGUUCCAGGUCCAAGACCACAGAGACAUGCCUCUCUUCCUGAAGUGCUGGGAUGAGUGGUUCCAGUCGAUGCUCGCGGAAUGGGUACCGGAUAGAGGAUACUGGUCUCCUGAACAGACGGAGAUCACUCUACGGAAACAGCAGCUCCCACCACCUGCCCAUCUGUCUCCCCGACCUGAUGGAACUCAGUAGCAUUAGGUACAGACCUCAGACCUCACCAGUCAGUUCCUGUUGACCACACGUUUUCAGGUGCCACACUGCACACGGUCUUUCUGCAUCUGGGUCCAGAGGUAGAUGGCUGUCUAGGACUUGGACAACCUCGCCAGAGCCUCACACACCAGACUGUCAGGACCCGGAUCCAUGCCUUUCUAUUUUUUUCCUUGGAUACAACAGGAAUGGAUGCUAUGAGCCAUGAGAACAUUGAUUUCUGGUGCAAUUUUAGGUCAAGAAGACUAUAGACCACAUGGAAACCAAA